GCGCUUUUUUAUUCAAGGUUUAUCGAAAUAUCAAUUAUCAAAUCGUUGUCUACAAGAUUGACGGUAGAUUCAAGAUCAAAGCAAUGAAAACCCCCAUAAGCAGGAACCAUUCAAGAUGCAAGGAAACAAAUCCCUAGCUGCGUCCAUGUUCGCACCGAAAACGCCUGGCCCCGCGAACCCAAUUCCAUCUUCAUCUCCAGCCUUUGGAACGCCGGCUCAUACGCUCAAGCCGUUCGCUAUAGCGCCGCCAACCAAGGCUACCAUCCUACCGAUUCUUCUUCCACCCGCCACAUUAAGACCUCUAGCAUUCCGAACCUUUACGAAGAAACACAGCUUGACACUUACCUCAACUGCCCUGCAAGAAUUGGCAACCUUCAUCGGUCGGCAUUGUGGUUCGGGAUGGCGCGAAGAGGGGCUAGCAGAAAAGGUCUUGGAAGAGGUGGCCAAGAGCUGGAAGAACCGAAAUGGAGGCGUUAUAGUGGAUGGCGCCAGUCAGGAGCUGAAAGACAUUCUCAAGACGCUAGAAGGCAACAUGAGUGGCGGGAGAAUAGUAACCGGACGAGAGCUAAGUCGGCAAAAUAGUAUGAGCCUAGACUCUAGUCAAGAGCUCGAUUUAUCAAACACAAGGCUAGGACUACGGCCGGCGAAAGCUCUAUCUCGCAAUGAUACCGAAACAAGUUUUGGCAUGUCAGGGCUAGGCGUUGGAGAAGCUGAACCGGACGAGGAAGGUCUAAACCAUCCGAGGCAUUGGUUGAAGGUCGUCAAUGCAUACGAUCAACCGCGCAUGCUAUAUAACGUGACGAAGAAGCACUUUGAAAAGGAUCCCUCCAAACCAUCUCUAAUGCCACCGGCAUCCCACAAAACGACUCUAUUCCGAAAUAGAUAUAAUGUCAUACAUCAGAGGCUUCUCCGAAACGAAUCCUUCCAAAGCUCUACUGUAGCAACUACCAAAGCAGCCCCAUCCCUAAAACGAUCCAAUUCCUCCAAUCUAACGACCCAGCAAACCUACAAGAUCACUCCAAUCGCGAAUCUCCUCGGCCGGCACGGCAGCCACCACAUGCUCCUCGGGUUGCUAUCGGUCCUCCCAACAGGCGGCUUAGCCAUAAGCGACCUAACCGGAACUAUUUCACUAGAUCUAUCGCACGCCGUAGCCAUACCGGAAGAUUCCGCUUGGUUCACGCCCGGCAUGAUCGUGCUCGUCGACGGCGUGUACGAAGAAGAGGAAGAGUCGACGGGCAAGGGUCUUGGCGGCAGUAACGGCGUAGGUGGCAUAAUCGGCGGCCGCUUCCAGGGCUUUUUCCUCGGGCAACCGCCGUGCGAGAAGCGCAAGGCGACCCUCGGCGUAGUCAGCGGUCCCGACGACCACACCAUCGGCGGCGGGUUCGGAUGGAUUGACUUCCUAGGCGUGGGCAGCGAGCGCGCUGUCGGUCCUAAGAUGCGCAAGCUAGAAGCACGUCUAGCUCGACAAGCGCGACAGCAGUCUUCCCUCGCCGACCCCGACUCCACUCUUACUUCUACUUCCGUCGAUGCGCCUAGCCGCACCCGCAUCAUAAUCAUCGGCGAGCUCAACCUCGACCAACCGCGGGCCCUGCAAGCCUUACGCAAGAUCCUGACCUUGUACUCGACAGAGCCCGAGGGCUCUACGCCCAUGUCUUUCGUGCUCGCGGGCAACUUCACGCGGCACGCCGUCAUGGCCGGGGGAGGCGCCUCGGGCGCCUCCGUCGAGUACAAGGAGUACUUCGACGCGCUCGCCUCCGUGCUCUCGGACUUCCCGACGCUGCUCUCCUCGUCCUCGUUCGUGUUCGUGCCGGGCGACAACGACGGCUGGGCCUCGGCUUUCGGGGGAGGGGCCGCGGUCCCGCUGCCGAGGGGAAAGGUGCCGGACUUGUUUACGAGCCGGGUCAGGAGGGCGUUCGCAGCCGCGAACGCGGAGGCGGGGAUCGGGAACGCGAACGGGGAAGGUAGGAAGGGCGGCGAAGCGAUCUGGACGACGAAUCCGAGCAGGCUGACCGUGUUCGGCCCGAGCCACGAGAUCGUGCUGUUCCGCGACGACAUGUCCGCGCGGAUGCGGCGCACGGCGGUGCGGCUAAAAUCCUCCUCCAGGUCCGCGGACGAGGAUCAGGAGAACGAGCCGCCUACCCCCGCGCCCGCGGCUGCUAACGACGACGACGACGACGUAGACAUGGCAACCGCGCUAGACGGCGCGGACUCCAUGGACGUCGACUCCGCCCCCACCGCCAACGCCAAGUCCGCCAGAUCCGAGCCGGAGAUCCCUCACGACGUGCACUCGGCGCGCAAGCUGGUCAAGACGGUGCUGGACCAGGGCUACCUGUGCCCCUUCCGCCACGCCAUCCGCCCCGUGCACUGGGACCACGCGGGCGCGCUGCACCUGUACCCGCUGCCGACGGCGAUGGUACUCGCGGACCCGACGGCGCCGCCCUUCUGCGUCACGUACGAGGGCUGCCACGUCAUGAACCCCGGCGCCGUGCUGGUGACCGGUCGGAGAGGCGUCGGACGAUGGGUCGAGUAUGAGUUGGGGGGCACGGGAAGGGUUAGGGAGUGUCUGUUCUAGAGAUGCUUGGGAUGGGGUUGGGAUUAGGAUGGGGAUGACAGGAAUAUGGGUGUCUAUAUCUGAAACGUUAAUGUCAAAAGGGGUACUAUCCAUAAACGUGACGACGAAAAGGGCCAUAGCAUAGCAUUUCGGUAAUACGACGAAAUCAUGAAAUUCAAAACUCAAGAGUAUUUAAUUCACUGCUACCGUUUCGAGGCAAAGA